AUGGAUUAUUCACCCAAAGAGGAUAGGAUCCUUAUUGGUGCUUGGCUUAACACCAGUAUGGACCCUCUCGUAGGCAACGAGCAGAGAGCUGUUGCUUUCUGGAAGCGUAUUGUAGACUACUACAACGCCAGCCCUCAGCUCGUUGGGGAAGUACCGCGAGAGGUUACUUCUUGUAAGAAGAGGUGGUCUAGGAUCAAUCAUGAAGUAUCCAGAUUCACUGGUUGCUACAACCAGGCGCUGAGGGAGCAGAGAAGCGGCCAAAAUGAUGAUGAUGUGAUCAAAGCUGCUUACGACAUAUUCUUCACCAAGUACAAUACCAAGUUCACACUCGAUCACUGCUGGAGAGAGCUCAGGCAUGAGCAGAAAUGGGCCUCCACUUAUAUGGCUAAGGAUGGUGGAAAGGAAAAGCGGAGGCCAGUGGUGGAUCUUGACAGACCAGAAGAAAAUGUUGUUGGAGAAGAUGAGGAUAGACCAGUCGGGGUAAAGGCUGCGAAAGGUGCCAGUAAGAAGAAGAAGAGUGGUCGAGAUGAGGAGUUGUCUAAGCUACAAGGCGUUUUGGAACUUAAGGAAAAACUGUCUAGAAAUAAACUCCUUGAUCGCUUGCUGGCCAAGAAAGAGCCAUUGUCUGAGAUCGAAACAACACUAAAAAUGAAGCUUAUGUCUGAAAUGUUAUGA